UUUCGUUCUUUCUGUUUCUAGUUACGAGUUUGGUUUUGUGGUUUAGAUGGGAUUUUGUAAUUUGAUAUCUAGUUUUAUUGUGUAAAUAUGUGGAAAGUUAGAGAAUUUGCUGAUAAAGUUACGAAUGUUGUGAUGAAUUACACCGAAGUGGAAGCGAAAGUGAGAGAAGCGACGUGCGAUGAUGCCUGGGGGCCUCAUGGAACUUUGAUGUAUGAAAUAUCCCAAUACACAUACACAUAUGAAUACUUCCCUGAAGUCAUGGGUAUGCUUUGGAAGAGAUUGUUCCAUGAGAAUCAAAAAAACUGGCGGAGGGUUUACAAAUCUCUAUUAUUGCUGAUGUACUUGAUAAGAAAUGGUUCUGAGAAAGUUGUGGCCUCAGCAAAUGAACACCUACGUGACCUGAAAAGGUUGCAGACGUAUACAUUCAUUGACGAGUAUGGGAAGGAUCAAGGAAUUAAUGUUGUUCAGAAAGUUAAAGAGCUGACUGAUUUACUACAAGAUUUGGAGAAAUUAAAAGACGAGAGAAAGAAAGCAAAGAAGUCAAGGGACAAAUAUGUUGGCAUUGAUAGCCAUGCUUUCAAAUCAGGUGAGAAUAAUGGUCCUGCAUCGGCCAUCAAAUAUAUCCAUCAGAGCAUCGACAAAAGAAAACAAAUAGAAGAUGUCAUAAAGGACUUCAAAAAGGAAGAGAGUUUUUCAGAUGAAGAAAACAAGUCUAUUCAUAAAUUGGGUCAGAAUACGCACCCAGCCGCUACUGAAUUUGCUGACUUCACAGUUUUUGCUGAUGGUAAAGACAUUGACAAUAAUAACGUGGUUAAAAAAGAUCUGACUAAACAAGGAAGUUUGCUUGAGUUUGCACAUGCGAAUGGAAAUUUUGCAGAUUUUGACAAUGUUGAUGAACUUCAUUCGAUCGUUGUCCACGAAGAUUUGCACACACAACAUUCUCUUGGAAGUAAAGAAGAAGAAACGCUCUCGUGUGGCGCCAAGCAGAGCAAUGUUGAUUUGUUGAACUGUCUUAGUUAUGUGCCAAGCUUUCCAAUUGCACCAGUAAAUCAUUACGCUUUCAAUAUUGGACCGAACCAGUCCUACAACUGUCCUCAAUAUUAUCCAAAUAUGAUCACAACAACUACUCAGACUCAGGACCUGCCAUCGACUUGGCAGAACCCUGGUGUGAACAUAAGUCUGGAGACGUUGAAGAUUGCUUCUGCAAAGCCUGCUGCACGUCCAAUCAACAACCUCCUGAUGCAGCAGCAGCUUCAAACAUUCCAAGGUCAAGGACUGUUUCCUCAGACACAUUCAAGCCAAAACAUGCGUCCAUGCACGUGAAUUACAAAUAUCAAAACAUGCAUUUGUUUGGAAAAUAUUUUAUUUUAGUCAUUUAAAAUUUUUAAUUUAUUGGUCGGGUUUUUUAUGUUAUGUACAAUUGUAUAUUUUUUAAAUUUUUAUAGUUUUUUGUUUCCUGUGAACAAUAUUUAACCUAGUCAAUGAUUUUUUUAUUUAACUCAGAUAUAUUAUAAAGGAAUUGGUAUUAUUUAAAAGAAGUUUAUUUUGGUUAAUAUUUUAAAAACGCUUUAUUUUUAAUACAAACGCAAUCAGUUGUUUUCAAUAAUAAUCAUGUUCCCCUUCCU